GUCGCGGUCAGUUCAGUCCUUCAAGGCCAGUGUCCGGUUUUCUCAGUUUAGAAGCUACUGUCUUAAGCUAUUGACGUCAAUGGAAAUGCAAUGAUUGACGAUGUAUAGUGAAUUCAGUAGCAACCCGGGAUCUUCUUCACAAACUACUGCUGUCAUCCAGGUUUUUGAAGAUAUCUCCUCGAAGAUACUUAAAAUACGUCUACUGGCAAAUGAGUUGGAAACGCUGAACAAAAGCAUAAGCAUAACAGGAAAUUCAAAGGCUCAAUCCGACCUUCUUAAUAAAAGAGAAAAAGAUGCCCUGGAGCUAGUUGACGAUACCAAAAACGUGUUCAUUAACCUUUCAAAGCAGCCUUUAUCGGAUCAGAUAACGAAAAUUCAUGUUGAGAAGCUCAAAGUUGACUUUCAGCGUGUGCUUCAUCGGUUUCAAAGAACUCAAGCUGAAAUCAAAAGGCGACUGCUUACUGAAAGUCGUCCAACUUCCUCAAUUGUUGGAGAUUUGAUUAAUUUGGAUUCAAGUGAUACUGAUGCAGGCCAGUUUAUUCAAGCACAAAUCUGCACCUCCCAAGAUUAUGAAGUUCAGGAAUUGGGACUAGCGUUAAAUCAGGAGGAUCAAAUGCGUUCUAUAGAGGAAGAUAUUGUGAAUGUAAAUGCAAUUUUUCAUCAACUUUCUGAAUUAGUAUAUGAACAACGCAGUGCUAUUGAUUCAAUUGAAGACAACAUCGAAGUAGCAUUAGCUAAUGAACAGUCUGGUCAUUCAGAGCUAGCAAAAGCUGCUAAUAGACGAGUAAGUUGUAAAGACAAUAGUCAGAUUUUUUAAAAAUCUUGGUGUUAUAGUUUAGAACCUCGUCAAAUAUCGAGAACUGGUUUAUUAGUUCUUAAAGGCGUAUUAUAAAUAUGCGGUUUAGUCAUAUAUAUAGUGUCAAAUUCACUAUGGAGAAUACCACCAAUCAAUAGGUAUGAUUCGUCCUCAAUUACUCAAGUUCGUGUAUGGUUAUUGAAUAGUUUUGUUAUAUUACGGAAUGCAUAAUCAUAACGAGUUCAGUAAUAUUCAGACUAAUUAAAGUCACGCACAAGAAAUACAGAAAACUAGUGUUUAUUCAAAUUGAAAUCAGGAAAUACCAGCAACAAGUACUUUCUGUAUGUUAACACUGCGGUACUGUAAAUAUAGAUACAUCUAGACUAAUGAUUUGACAACCUGCAGUUAUAGUAUUUCCCGUUAAGAAAUUCGAUGAAUUUAAGACCAUCCAAGGAAUUCAAAAAAGUUGGCAAACUAUAGGAACAAGCAAUAGCGAAAAGUUAAACUGAUGCAACUCGAGUAAGGACUUUUUUGUUAUAAGAUACACACCAGUAAAUGACUGUGACUAGUCUUAUGACUGUAUAGGUCAUUCGUAUAGAGUAAAAUAGCGAGUUUUAAGACAAGUUCAAACGAUAGGAAUUACGGGGUUUAGAGUAUUGUUAAUAGUCCUUUGAAAUAUAACGACAUGCUGCUGGCGUAGGGAGAGUAGGUGAACAACAUAUAGAUGGGUAUAAGAACCCUUAAGCGGUCUGGAUUGUCGUACAUCAUGACUAAAAGUUUGUUGUUUGGUAGAUUUAUACCUGUCUGUGGUUGUUUAUAUUCCUCUCAUAUGUACAAACAGUAUCAAAAUAACAUACAUAUUUUAUAACAAAAAGGUAAUCUGGUCGUACGCGACACGAUGAUAAAUCAAAUAUCAAUUUGUUUUGUUGUGCGGUGUCCGAUCUGUUGUUGACAAACAAGCGUGCUAUUUAAGUACCCAACCAACUAAUUGAGUGAAAAGGGAGCCUUUUAUUGGCAAACUGAUUUGAGAAAUAACUCUCUCUCAUUAUAUAUAUAUAUAUAUAUAUAUAUAUAUAUAUAUAUAUCUGCUCCUUAGAAACGCACGCCAUUUUUCCACCAAUGGAGUGUCUUGUUUCUUAGAAAACGAAGUCAAAUCUUGACCAAUCGUAUGAAAUUACCAGUUGUCCAAUAUCUGGUUUAUCUUCCAUAUUACAACUAGUUGACUGAUCUCGAUAAUCUAGUUCUACAAUCAACUCGUUAAAGUAACACUCGUAAUUGCUUUUGAACCUGUAAGAUCACUUGUAAACUCUGGGUUGAUUAGAUCUAAUUAUUCAGUGACAUACUGUAGGAUUUAGUCAUGAGUUCAGUCACUUUCCUAAUCUUCAUAUGUUUGUGAGGACUAAAGCAACGUUGGUGAUAUAUGAACCUUAAUUCUUCCGUGCUGGUGAUUUAUGAAUACAUGUUCAAAAUCACUGAGAAGGCUCUGCAUCAGUUUGUCACGAAAAUAACAAAUGUUCUUUUGCAUUACACGACAAUCUUUUUAUCAGAAUAGUCGCAACUGGUGACUAUCUAUAUUUAGAGUCAGGUAAUGUUCAUUUAGAUCUACCUUUUGUGGUAUCUUUUACAAAAGGUAAUCGUUUAACUUCACUUUUUUGAUCUUUUAAUUGUAGUGAAAUAUCAAUCUUAAAAUUAUGGAUAAGUUUAUAUAAUUUUUCAGAACUCAGAAAGAGUAAAUUGAUGUUUAGUUAAAAUGAAAUGAAAAGUAAACCAGCAAUAACAAAGAUCUCGAAGAUGUUGUUGCAUAUUCGUAGCUGUUUUAAUUGUGGCUAUUUUAAUUGUGAUAAUUAUCUUGGUGAUUGAAUAUCCUCCAAAGCGAACUCAGUAAUAAAAUACACCGUAUGGUUAUACAUAUAUCUAUCUAUCUAUCAGUAUCACGUAUAUUUUUUCUGUAUUAUAUAACUUACUAAGACAAUUGUUCUUUGUUAAGUCUUAUUCAUAAUCGUGUCAUCCGGUUCUAUUUAUUUAGUUUAUUUUAUAUACAUAGAUUUCUAUAUUAUUGACUAUAAUUCCUUUCCAAUAUCAUAUAAUUGAAUACUUUACAAAUAGCAAAAUGGAUAAAUAAUAUUCGAAAAACAGUUUUUUCUUGUAAAAAAUCAUAUUUUUGUUUCAUUUUUAUUUUAUAAAUUAACGGAUAAAGAUCUUUUAUUCUUUUACACAUUCACAGUAUAUCUUCUAUUUUUAUUGUAUGUUUGCAUUUAUUUAGUACUCGUUUUCGUUUCCCCCUCUCUCUCUCUCUCUUCCUCCCUCUUGUUUUAUUUCAACAUAUCUCCAUGUGAUUUUUUUUAUAAAGAAAAAAAAACUAUUUUCAACGAAAAAAAUUGAGAAAACUGAAAACAAUUAACAGAACUAACUGGAAUAAUAAUUUAUCAUUAAUAUUUAAUAAAAUAAAAAGAGAAUAAAUGGAAUAUCAUUUUAAAUGAUAAAAUAAAUAUACAUAUGUAUAAUUUCAUUUUAGUGUUGUUUUUCUUUCUUUUUUUCCUCUUUUUUUGUUUCUCAUUCUGUCAAAAAUAUCUUGUACCGAAUUCUAAUUUAUAAAUACAACAACAAUAAAGACAACAGUAAUAGUAAUUAUUAUUAAUAAUAAUGGUAAUAAUAAUAAGGAUAAUUUGUAAACAAUAAUAGUUAUUUUCAUGAUUAUUGUCAUCAUCAUUACCAUCAAUAAAAUCAUUAUGGUUAUUUUUUUUUAAAUAAAAAAACGUCGACUUUUCUGUUGUCUUACUGUUUCGAUUGGGUGUGUAGAUGUUGGGGCCUAUAUGCUUUCUUGCUAAUUACCAAUAUAUAUAUAUACGGAUUCCCAUGGAAGAAAAAAAAUAUAUUUCCAUACAAUUAUGCAUAUUGAUGAUGAUAUCUGUUUGUCUUGAACAUCAUGUUUGUUUUAGAAUGGAUUAAUGUUCCUAGCCCAAUGGAACAUGUAACUAAAUGAGGUUAUUUGUUCAGUGUUAGUAAAACAAUUCAACUACUUUUGGUGAAUAAACAGAAGUAACUUUCGAAGUAGAGGAAUUCAUCAAUCAACAAUAUGCUCAAAGGUAUUCAGUUUGUGAAGCCAAACCGUUUAGACCAUUGAAAUCUGUUUAGAUAAUUUAUCUUUAAUCUCUUUUAAAAUGCACGAAAUAACAGUAAUCUAUUCCAACUAUUUCAAUAGAAAAUGCAAAGCAUGUUGGUCUUGUUUUAUUGAUGUGUCCCGUCGUCAUAUCUGAAAUAACUUUCGUUUCCUGUUUGAUGAACUUUCAUGCACGGAAUCAAAAUUUUUGAUGGCGAUUAAAUUGUUAUGAAGAAAUGGAUUAGCUUAAUUAAAAUAAGUCAUUCUGUCAUUGAAUAAAAAUCAAGAGAAUUCAGCGAAUAGAACUUUCUUUUCGAGAUGUACAUUCGUAUUUAUAGUUGUUUGGUAAAUAUAUAAGUCAAUCGAAAGACAAAAAAGAUUGCAUCAUAAGAGGAUUCAAGAUUUAAAAAUAUCAAAAUGGAUUGCGUAAUAAUCAGGGAGUUAGAGAAGAAUAGGAAGAUGAACAUGACUCAGCGUGGCUUUUAAAAGAAGAAUGCAAAGCAAUCGCUAGUUCAAUACAGGAGCGCUUGGUCAGAUCUGAACACAUGCCUCCAAAAGAGUCUUCCUUAAAAAUAAUUUAUACAAGCAAAGGAACUGAAUUGAAGGGAGGUCAAAUCCAAAACUUAUGCGCUGCUGAGGAGUUAGAGACCCAGAAAGUGACGUUUGAACUCAGCGUGCGAAAACGAUGCAUUCAACCUCUCAUCCUUCAUUGGCCCUAAUUCCGUUCUGCAUUAUGUUUUGGUCUUGUUUGGUUAUUAUUAUUUUGUAAUUUUGAACCAUAUUCAGUUAUUAAUACCCUUUAACAUUUUAUCAUGAUUAUUAUUCAAUUGUUAUUAUAACCUGUACGUUUUCAUUUUCUUCAUACCUGUCAUGUGGACCAUUAUCUCAUAUAACUUUGACCCGUAAAUUAUCUUCAUCCUCCUAUUCUUCUCUAACUUCCUGAUUAUUAUGCAAUCCAUUUUGAUAUUUUUAAAUAUUGAAUCUCCUUAUGAUGCAUUCUUUUCUGUCUUUUGAUUGACUUAUCUAUUUACCAAACAACUAUAAAUACGAGUGUACACCUCAAGUAGAUAAUUCUAUCGAAAAGAAACUUCUAUUCUCUGAAUUUUCUUGAUUUUUAGUUAAAUCGAUUAAUACUUGAGAAAUACUAGACCGAAUCUAAGUGUAAUGUAAAUGUCUAAUAAUUUCGUGAUUUAAGUGUGAACUUACACUUGUGGAGUAUGUGAUUACUUAUGAUAGAACAUUUUCAUUGGUACACUCACUGUAGUAUUAGUACUAGUAUAAGUAUAACAGUCGUAGUAGUAUUGUGGUGUGUGCUACUGAUUUCGACAGAUAAAGUUAGUAUAUAUCACCAUUCGAAAUUGGAAUGCUUAGCGGCAGAAGGUUGAGAAUUCGAAGAGAACGAUGAUAGAGAGCG